CUGGGCGCCGCAGCGCAGGGAUGUGAACCAGGCGGGGAGGAAGGCCCUUGACUCAUCAGAUAAAUCCAGCCCCGCACGGGGAGUGAAGGUGGAGGAGGUGGUGGCGCUGCUGCUACUGGCAGGGGAGGAUGGCGGGGGACAGCGAGCAGAGGCUGGAGGAACACGGGCAGCCCAGCGGCGGCGAGCCCUUUCUCAUUGGGGUCAGCGGUGGCACAGCCAGCGGCAAGUCCUCGGUAUGCUCCAAGAUUGUCCAGCUGCUGGGCCAGAAUGAGGUGGACUACCGCCAGAAGCAGGUGGUGAUCGUGAGCCAAGACAGCUUCUACCGGGUCCUCACCUCAGAGCAGAAAUCCAAAGCACUCAAAGGCCAGUUCAAUUUUGACCACCCAGAUGCCUUUGACAACGAGCUGAUCGUGAAAACACUCAAAGAGAUCACGGAAGGGAAGACGGUCCAGAUUCCUGUCUAUGACUUUGUCUCCCACUCCAGGAAAGAGGAGACGGUGACUGUCUACCCUGCCGAUGUGGUGCUCUUCGAAGGCAUCCUCGCCUUCUACAGCCAGGAGGUGCGGGAUCUGUUCCGCAUGAAGCUUUUUGUGGACACGGAUGCAGACACCCGGCUGUCCCGCAGAGUGCUACGAGAUAUCAGUGAGCGAGGCAGGGACCUGGAGCAGAUCUUAUCUCAGUACAUCACCUUCGUCAAGCCUGCCUUUGAAGAGUUCUGUUUGCCAACCAAGAAGUAUGCUGAUGUGAUCAUUCCCAGAGGAGCAGAUAAUGAAGUGGCCAUAAACCUCAUUGUGCAGCAUAUCCAGGACAUUCUUAAUGGAGGACUCAGCAAACGCCAGAGCAACGGCUACCUGAAUGGCUACACUCCUCCCCGCCAGCGGCAGCCCUCAGAGUCCAGCAGCCGGCCUCACUGACCCGAGGGGCAGCUUGAGGCUGGGGCAGAGGGCGGGCACUCAGGCCCUGACAACACUGCCCCUCUGUACAUACUGUUUAUUCAUUCCCCCCUUAUCUAUUUAAGAAACCAGAUGGAGAUGAAUGCCUUUAAUUUUUUAUGUUUGAAAUGCUGACUGAGAGUCAGCCAGCUACUUGGGAGCCUGGACUGUCCACAGCUCCUGGCCUUGCUCAACAACUCCUCUAGCACGGAACCGGCUAUAAGUAUCUAUAAAUAUAGAAUUGCUCUAUUUUUGUGUAAA